GGAGGAGGGGGUUAUAGGGAGGAAAAGGCGUUUCCAUUCUCAACCGGCGAGACAGUAAGAAACGCGUGAGCACGAUCGAGUGAACGGACGCUUAAAGUUUCCGUGGCGUCUUCGUUUAUAACCACACUAACUUCAUACAUAUUCGCACUCUAGUUUUGAUGCUUUUCGCUGAUGUUUUGACUGAACUGCGUUUGUGGUGACCUGGACAUUUUAUUUGGGUGGCCAAAGCGCACAGCGGAUCUCAUCCAUCACCACACCGAGCACAUCAUCAUCAUCAUCGCUGGAUCUCCGAGCGCAGGAAAGAAUGUCUGAAUACAGCUCGUUGUUGAGUGAUCUGUCUGAGAACAUCACUAAUGAAGACCUGGAGCAGCUGAAGUCGGCCUGUAAGGAGGACAUCCCUGAAGAUCAGAGUAACUCCAUCACCUCCUCCAAAGAGUGGUUCAGCUACCUGGAGAAGAAUGACAAACUGGCACAAGAUGACCUAUCCUACAUUGAGCACAUCUUUGAAAUCUCACGGCGACCUGACCUCUUGACCCGGGUCAUUGAGUACCGCACAACCGUGCUAAAGAUCUCUGAAGACGAUGAAAUCGACACCAAACUCACACGCAUCCCCUCUGCAAAGAAAUACAAGGAUAUCAUUCGCCAACCGUCAGAAGAUGAGAUUAUCAAACUGGCCCCUCCCCCUAAAAAAGCAUGAGGUCAAAGUUCAUGACCUCUGCUCCUCAUCCCCGGCACUUCAUCUUGCCUAUCAUCGUCACCAAACCAUGCCCACCAUCCCGCCCACUUCACCUCCCACCGAACAGAAGCCAAGCAGCCAAUCAAAUUGCCAAGAUGCUUUACAGCCACCCCCACGCCACGGAGGCAUGGAACACAUGGAAAACUAGAACGGAAGAUAAAUAAAUGGACAAAAAGACAGCGACCAAAAGACUUGUAGUCCGAUUACAAUUGUACAGUGAAUGGGUCAUAGGUCAGGUUGUGUGUCAGAAUGAAAAACAAUCAUUCUGUGUUUGCUGACGCUUGUGUGGAAUUUUGUAUGUGUGAGAGAGUUUAUUUGGACCCUUGAUAGCAUUAAGUGGGAUUGUCAGAAGUUGGUCAGACCAACAUAAUAGGGAGUUUGCAGCUGAUGUCUUAAUGUGCCACUGGCCUAAGGUGUGAAUCUAGUUGUGAAACAGGUUUAGCCACUGGAUCACUUUUCCUUUAGACACAUUUAUUCCCUAGUUUGUAAUGUGGGUAGAUUUGAGGUCGGUACAUUCCCUUUAAAAACAAAACUCUACAUUAUCUACAUUUAAAAGUGUUACAGAGAAUUAAUCUCUGAAUUUGUGUGAUUGCCACUUAGAAAGCCAAUAUUUGCCUUCUUUAGAAAUGAAAUGCAUUAUUGCAGGGUAUGCAGUUACCUAGUAGAGAAUUAAUAUUGCUUUUUAUAUUUCUGUAUAUCAUACUUCUAGAAAUUGUAGUUUAAUAAAUUAUCAGUUAUAUAAUAAUAACCAUUGUUUAUUAUCAAACAACAGCAGUCUUAUAUAUCAACAUAAAUGAAGUUUGUUAUAAUAGUGUUCUAGUACAUAUGGGAGACAAAAUUAGACAUUUAUCUCCUAUAUUAUUAAAUGUAUAACGGGCCUAAAAACAGGAAGAGUCCAUCAAAACAGAACAUGGUAGAACACAAAACUGAUGAAAAAAUAUAUAUUAAAAUGUGUGUUUAGUAACAUUUUAGCUCAAUUUCUGCAGUAUUUGCAUCAGGAAAUAGAAGGCAUAUAUUUUUGUUAAAACUUUAAAUUUGACUACUUCUACUGUGAAUUAUUUAUUCAGAUGCCUCAGUAUACCAUUAUGUGAAACAUUAGGAUGAUAUCACAUAUAUUUUCUGUUUAUAAUUUGUAAACUGAUAGAGAGUAAAAAAACAGCUGCGACUAAAACAGGGAUAUUUAUGUCAAGGAUGUGGUAAAAAUAGAUAAAUAUAUAUAUAUUAAUGAAAUAGUAAAUAAAUAUCCAUAAAUUGCAGCACUCUAUGUGGCCAAAAGUCUAUAUGGAUCACAUUGGGUAUCCAAACAGCGCAUCAUUUUUAGCUGUUUUCUUCUAUUUGUAACUUUUCUUUUGUUUCACAAAAGUAGCCUAUAUUUUAAUAAGACAUUUAUUGGAAAUAUACAUAUCUCUGCCAAUCAUUCUGACACAGCAUAAUAAGAUCAUGCUGCGUUUACAAAUAUUAAUAUCAUGAUUAUGAUUGUGAUAUUCUUUGUGUUGGUUGUGAGAUUACGCCUUUAAUUAACACCAUCUGCUGAAAGACUGUUCAAACACGACUCUAAAUUUGCUUGAUCACUGUGUUGUUGCUUAGCCCCUGCAGACUGUUGUUUUCAUAUUAUAAAGUCGGAACAGUUAUUGAGGACAUGCCAUGUGUGUUUUUAUGCGUCUGCAUUUCCACCCACGCAUGCGGGCAGGAUGCAUCGUGCGGUUACAGGCUGUUUCUGCAACUCUCUAUUAUUCUGUUGUGUGAUUUCAAUGAAUCGAAGAAAACCAGUUAAGACCUCAGCAAAACCUUAAAUCGAAUCUGGACCUGCAUAUUUGUUAAAGACUGGAACAGUUUGAAAAGAUAGAACACAACUGGCCAUAAACAUUUGUGGCCUUUUAAACUUGAAAUGGUUACUGUGCAUUUCUGAGGACUGUAAAGAAUGUCCUGUUAAGUUUCUGUUGCUGCCACACAAAAAAAAAAUUACUUACCCAGCCUGUAUAUUUGUUCCAAACCCAUGGUUUUACUUAAAAAGAGAUAUUUAGUAGAAUGUCCACUUCCAUACCAUAUAUAUAUGUGUGUGUGUGUGUAUAUAUAUAUAUAUAUAUAUAUAUAUAUUAUAUAUAUUGUGUGUGUGUGUGUGUGUGUGUGGUGUUCUAAAACACUCAUUUGCAUUCUGUCUGCAGAUGUACAAGAGCCAAUAGCAUUUAGUAUCAAUGACUUCAAACCUGGCAUGAUGCCUCUUAAUGUACCAUAUUUGAAUGCACUCAAAUCCCCUUUCAUUGUAUGCAACAGUUCUCCUUUUUCGUUCCAAGAAAUAAUGAUUUGAGGGUGAGUAAAUGACAGAAUGUUAAUUUCUGUCAUUUUUCAAAGUGUAAAAUCAAGAUAUAUGCGACGAGUCACAAAAAAUCCUGUCAAAAACAGAUUGUACAUUCUAUUUAUUAGAUUUUUUUUUUUUUUUUUUUAUGUUGUUGUUGUUGUUGUAUUGAUGUUUCUCAAUUGUGUACAAAUGUCAUCUUGUGAAUUUUGCAGUAUGUGACAUUGUGACUAGCGUGAUGCUCCCUAUCUAGUGUCUCAGACACGGCCAAACGCUCAAAUCAGUCUCACUGGACACGCCAUGAUCAGUCUUUGAAUUGAUUUGUUUUUCCGUUCGUUUGGUUCAGUUGUUCAGCGAUGUCGUGGUUGGUUGGUUGGUUCUGUUUGCAUCCCCGUUCCUGUCAUCUGUGGACUGAAUUCUCUGUGAUAUCUGAUUCUAGAUCAGCUCUCUUUAUGCUUAUGCUAGUUUUACCAACCAAGCAUAGACUUUUAUAACGUCCCUAGACCAGCACCAAGGGCUUCAGAUGUCCUCACGCCAUUUACAGUGGUUUUCAUCAGUUUUCACUUGAUGUGGUUCUGUCGCUCACAUAUUGUGUUCAUGUCUAUGAGUACCUGUAGGUUAGCUUUUGUUGAUUGGUAGAUUUGUCUAUAUCAAGGGCCUCUGUUAAGCACUGUGCUUUGCGCUUGAAAUCAUUUUACCAAGGGUGUUUUUUAAAACAGCGCCUCAACUGGAGAACAUUGGAAAAGCCAUAUUAAUUAUCGCUCUUCCAUGUUUCCUUUUUGAACAAUAGAGACGUAUUCAGAUGAAUUUCCUUUGCCAGCAGGAAAUGAUGCAGAGCUCAAUGGAAUAAGAACUCUUUUCUUUGCAGCGUCUUUCUCUAGUUUAAUGCCACUUCCUUUCCUCUAUGCAGAGAAUAUAUUCGGCACUGUGCACACACGUCAACGCUAGACACAUUUUGGAUGUUGUUAAUGACCACUACAUGCAGUUCUCAAGAGUAUUAUGUGUACGGCCAAAUGAAACAAUACUGUAAGAACUAACAGACCACUAUAGCCAUAUACACAUAAUUCAUUUCAUUUGAUUGUCAAAUUGGAUGUCACAGUAUUAAAACAUAUCAGCCUUGAUAAUGCUGCAAAAGCUUUGUAAUGCUGAAGAUUCAUCACUAUUGGCAUAACAGAAACACAACUCAAGGUGUUUUAUCCUACUUUUAGUUAUUGUGUCCAAAACAAGAAUUAUCUCAUAAGCCACUGAAUCUGGCCAAACUAAAAAUGAACAACAAAAAAAUAAAACUUCUUGAAAACCUUCUGGGUGAACUGUCAAGGAAAGUACUCUUCAAAAUAAAUGUAAUAAAAAAUAUAAUUUGCAUAAAGAAAAUAAAGCUUAUUUUUAGGGCCAUUAAGAUUUUUGACAUUGUGACAAAAAACAAAGCACAUUUUAAAACUCCCAGUUCUCGUUUUAACCUGGUCAUCUUCAAGCACGCACACAAUAUGUAUAGAUAGAACGAUUUCUCAUUACUGUAAUAGAGUUUUUAUUAUUAUUAUUAUUUUCCAUUACAAUAAUAGGGGACAAUAGGGGAAGGAUGUACUUAUUUACCAUUAAAAUAAUGCCACAAUGCAAAAAAAAAAAAAAAAAAAACUAAAAAUAGGCUUUGUUAUCUUUAGCAAAACAAUUUUCUUUCUUUUUUUUAUGUUUGGACUGAUGUUUUGUUCUUAAGUUGUACAUAUAAAAAUAUUGUGGAUUUAUAAAAGUGUUUUAUUAUUAAUUUAUUUAAUGCAAAUGUAUCUUGUUUUGGUGUACUGAUGUAUGUUUACUAACUGGACAAAAUUGGGAUGUCUAUUCAUAAUUGUAAAUGUACGUGUGAUGGCUCAGAUGAGGUCUGUUCUGUUGGUUUUAACAUUGGGCACUGGGCUCAAGAUCUUUUUCUAUAAUAUUCUCUUUUAAUAACUUUACAGCAUCAUUUACAUGUGUUUUUGUCAAAUCUUUUUCUUUUUUUUUUUUUUUUUUUUGUAUUUUUAUUGUAGUGUUGUUCCUUGCUUGUUCUCUUUCUUUGUAAUGCUUAUCAGCAUAAUAUGACAAUUUUGACUGUGUUGUAGUAGCCAUGCCUUUGUCAUGUUGUGAAAUGUUUGUAUGAGAGGCCACUGGCUGAAAAUGCAAGAAAACCUUUAAGGUUCAUUCAUUUACGUGCGUAUCCAAUUCCCCGUCAGAAUGUGAGACAGAGCUCUUGAGAAAUGUGGAAUCGGUUUGCGUAGAGCAGGCGUAGAGAUUGCAGCACUAAUCAUUAGUUUAUUUGAUGCUGUUACUGAGAUUGUCAAAAGAUUGUGAGGGUGAUUUUGACAGUGUUGAAAUAUGGUGUAGUUUAAGGGAGUGGAUUGUAGUACAGUGAUUUAAUGAAUGCCGGAACAUUGAUCAGCACAGAACUGAUGAAAGAGAAAUAUGACGAUAAAAUACGGUGGAUCUCACAGAAAAAUGUUAGGGCCAUUUAUAACCCAAAAUAAAAACAAUAUAUUACUUUUUUAUAAAGAACAUGAAAUGUAUUUUAGGACCAUUAAGACUUCUUUUACAUUGUAAAAUUUUUAUGCAUGUAACCAGAAUUGAUUUAUUUUAUGAAUUAAAAUCAGCAUUAAUAAUAAUAAUAGUUGUUUAUUUUUAUUAUUUUAGGGUGAAAUAUGGCCCAAAACAUAUUCUUGGCAGUUUUCGUGAGAUUCACCCACACAUGCUUCAUUAAGUGGUGUUGGUUUAAACGUGAAAGCAUUGCAACUUUCUUUUUUUUUUCUUUCUUUCUUGACUUCACAUUCCUAAAAUGUCUGAGUGUAAAUGUAAAGACCUUAUAAAGAAUGUUUGAGCUGAAUAACUGAUGAUGAACAAGUUAAUGUUACUGCAGAAAUGGAACUGUGUAAAGAAAGACAAAUAGAGAGUCAUAUAUUGAUAAUAGAAUGCACAUUUGUAGCAGGGAAACACAUUAAAAUAUAGAGCACAUGCAAAAUGAUUGUGCGCAUAAGAGCUAUUAGAGCUAUUCUCGUAACGUUUACACUGAGUACUAAAGCAUGCUCUCAUUGCCAUGACAAAGUGCCAACUGAGUUCUUGUUUGUUCAGAAGCUUAAAACACAGACUUUAAUAUGCAAAAUUAUUUAGGAAUCUCAUGAUAAGAAGCUUACAUACAAUUUAAAAAGUGUUUGCACCCUAGAAGUUUUGCUGUGCAAUUGUGUUUAGUGUUUAGGUGUUCGGAUCGGUUCUUUUGGAGAUGCAGUGGCGUGUAAACUGAAGUGGGAUUGUCAUGCUGUGAUGAAGUCGGGUAGAAUAGCUGCUUGUAAAUGAAAAUAGAUAAUGAACUUUGGUCGGUUUUAGACUCUUGCUGAAGGAUUUCUUUGUUUUGCCAUUUUUUUGGUCAUUGCAUAUUUAUUUAUUGAUGUGUUGCAGUUGUUCUGUUUUUCCUUUUUCAAAGUCAGCAUAGCCAGUUAUCGCUUCACAAGACACUUUGGUUUGAAACGCUUUGCAAAUCGCUGGUGUUUGAAUCUCAUUUUUCUCUUCUGACAUUAAACGUUAAACCUCCAUGGGCGGUGUGCUGUUAGCAUUUCUUCAGUAUUCUUUUUGCUUUCUUUCUUUUUUCCUACAUUGCAGUGAAAACAAUAAAGUGAUGGACAGUAUGAAAAUAUGUUGUUAAAUAUACCUACAAAUGUGGCUUCUCUAUUGGAGUAAAUUUGGCUAAACCAAAAUGAUGCCGUUUGUCAUUGUGCUUAAAUGAAUAUAUAAAUAUUAUAUUAUUAAAAUAUAUUUGCUAACCUACA